AUGACUUUCUCAAGGAUCCUCAUAACCCUCUUUUUACCCGUGAUCGGAUCUAGUCCUUUACCUAUUCCUACCAACGCUGACCUCAAUUCUACACCAUUACCCGAGGAUUCAAAUGCAUCUACAUUUGCCACCCGUGCAGAAGAGAGUGGUGGAAUAGGUAUAGGAGCUAUAGCAGGUAUAAUCAUUGCCGUCCUAGCUAUAAUUCUAAUCAUCCUAUUCAUAUUCAUCCACAACCGUCGACGCAAUUCCCUAUCUACACUCACAACCUCGACAGUCUACGGCUCACCUCCUCCAGCAUACACUUCACCUCCAACCAAGAUCUACUACCCUUCUCAAACAUAUUAUCCUACUCUUCCUAAAUAUACCGGACCGAACACUUCUGCCGCAUACGUACCUUCCUCCGGUGGAGGAGGGGUGAGAUUCCCUUCUGCCAUCUAUCCAGGUGGUAAUAGGGGGUAUUAUACUCAGCGAACAGAGGGAGUGGAGAGGGGAGUGAGAUUUGGUGGAGUUGGUGUGAGGGGAUAUCAUUGA